ACGUUAGGUGUGUUUGCUGAAAUUGAGGUUUGGCGUAAACGACACUACAGAAAGAAGAUGACCCACUGGUUUCAUCGCAACCCUUUGAAGGCUACAGCUCCCGUUUCCUUUAAUUUUUAUGGGGUAGCUACCACUCCGGCUGCAACAAAGGUUUGCAACGAUUUGAGGUUGUCUCGAACACGACUAUUGGAGCUGUUUACAGACUCGAGUUGUAAUCCAGAGAUGAUGAAGAAUGCAACUGACUUGUACUUCUCACUCUUGCAAGGUUUUAUCCUUUCACUGGAUGACUCUUCCCAAGAAUGCAAGUUGAGAUACAUUCAGAAUUUCAAGUGGACAGACACAUUACAAGGACAAGUUCCAAGUGCCCAGCAGGAUGCAGUGUUUGAACUGGUUUCCAUGGGAUUUAAUGUAGCUCUGUGGUACACAAAAUACGCAUCAAGACUUGCUGGAAAAGAAGAUAUAACAGAAGAUGAAGCAAAAGACGUUCACAGAAGCCUGAAGGUAGCAGCUGGGAUCUUUAAACACUUGAAGGAAAGUCACAUUCCAAAACUGAUUACACCUGUAGAAAAGGGAAGAGAUUUAGAAGCUCGACUUAUAGACUCUUACAUCGUCCAGUGCCAAGCUGAAGCUCAAGAAGUGACAAUUGCUCGGGCUAUUGAGCUGAAACACAAUCCAGGUCUAAUAGCUGCUCUUGCUUAUGAAACAGCUAACUUCUACCAAAAAGCUGAUCAAACAUUAUCCAGUUUGGAUCCAACCUAUGCAGGUAAAUGGAGGAAGUACUUAAACUUGAAGAGCUGUUUCUAUAUGGCCUAUGCAUACUGUUACCAUGGCCAAACUUUACUGGCAAGCGAUAAGUGUGGGGAAGCAAUCAGAUCUCUGCAGGAGUCAGAAAAAUUUUUUGCGAAGGCUGAGGCAUUGUGUAAAGAAUAUGGAGAAACCAAAGGGCCUGGGACUACUGCCAAACCUUCUGGACAUCUAUUCUUUAGGAAAUUAGGAAGUUUGAUUAAGAACACACUAGAAAAAUGCCAGAGAGAGAAUGGAUUCAUCUAUUUUCAGAAGGUGCCAGCAGAAGCUCCCCAGCUGGAACUGAAAGCGAACUAUGGCUUAGUAGAGCCUGUCCCUUUUGAAUUUCCUGCCUUGAACGCACACUGGACUCCUGAAACACUUGCAGCAUUUGAUCUCACCAAGAGGCCGAAGGAUGACACUGCUAAACCAAAACCAGAUGAAGAAGUAAAACCUUUGAAGGAACCAGAUAUAAAGCCUCAAAAAGACAGUGGAUGCCAGAUUUCUUAAGUGCCAUAAGUGUUUUGAAUUCACUUUGAAACUGCAUUAAUUGGACUCUGGGGCUUUAGUUCUAAUCUCCCUUCUUCUCAUUCUUCUUUUUUAAUUUAGAAGACUAAUUUAAUUUACUUUUGUUUAGUAUGUGUCUAUCUUGCUUAAGAGUGUCAUGGAUUUCUAGGAGUUUAUUUAUAUCUGACUUAUUUUUGGGUUUAGUGGGGUAUCAUAGAAUGAGUGGGCUUACAUGUUCCUAUUGUGCCUCUAGAGAGUUGCUUUUUGUGGGUUUAAUUUCUACCCACAAAUAGCAAAGGGAGUAUCAUGAUUGUAACACUUGAGGAUUUUUCCAUUAAAUUAUGUGCUAUAUAAUGUCAAAUUCUGCAAACAAAAGUUUGCAUGAAUGGUUAUAUUUAUUCAGGUUUUGUCAUUCAGGCUUAACACCAUCGUGUUCCGAUUCACUUAAUUGUAAUGAGCAAAAAAAAUCCGGGUUUCAUUUGUAACACCUCUAUGGUAUUUCACAGGACUUUCACAGAAGUUGGAAAACCUUAAGUUCUGCAUAACUGGAGCACAAUUUAUAUUAUUCUG